AUCUCUGAUCGGGCCUUCGUUAACAAUGUCUGUGUUUCUUUACUCUUUGCUUUUUCUCUGAGAACACAAAAUGUGUUAAGCUAAAUUCCUGUAAAUCUCUGUGUAGUUUUAUUACAUUUCGGAGCCGCAUGUGGUAGAAAAAAUUUAGCGUGUAAUUAUACAGAAGAAAAUAAAAAAUUUCAGUAAUAAAAGCAUCAUGUCUGCAUCUGGUGAAGCUGCGUCAGAUUUGACUGACAAGUUUAAGGAAGUCGAAGUGACUGAUAGCCCCUGUCAGGACCAUGGCGACGCGCCCAGUGACUUUGAAAGGUCAACAAAAACGUUGAUGGAUCUCGAGGAAAAACUGAGGGAGUUGCAAGAAAUGCAGUUAGCUACCACCGAGAAAAACAACGCUCUCCAGGAAGAAAUACGACAACUUCAUGAGAAGAGGGAAGCUGAUAAACAGAAGUAUAAGACACUGUUUUUAGGACACGAAAAAUAUGCCCGCAUGAGAGCAGAAUAUAAGGAAAUGUCCAAGUUCAUUAAGGCCCACAAGGAAGAGGUCGAGGCCGCCAAAGCCAAAAUGGAGCAGCAGGAGGCGCCACAGCCGGAGUCGCAGCCGCAGUCACAGCCACCGCCGGCGCCCCCGCCACCUCCACAGCAGGAGUCGCCCCCACAGCAAACCGUGGAGCCUGUCGCCAUAAAACGACACGCCAUCCGCGGGGAACCCUGCCUCACGCUCACCAGGUCUGAGGUGUGCCGCCUGGAGCAGGACGUUCUGGGCCUGCGCGACUUGCUGUCUCGGCGCGAGGAGAGCUGGCGCCGCGCCAAGGCGCGUGAGCUGGAGGCGCGCAAGAAGAUCGCCUCUCUCAGCACCGAGCUGGCCACGGUGCGGCAGCUGGCGCAGAUGCGCCGCAACCAGUCCGACGAGCUGGCGCACCGCCUGCAGGAGGCCCUGUUGGAGCUCAAGAAACACAAAGUGGAGAACGACAAACUUCGAAACAAUGUUGUGCGACUACGAAAUCGUGAAAGGAGUUUACUAACCACACUGACGAAGAAAUGCAAGAAAAGUUCUGCCAAAGCCGAACACAAGAAAGGGCGACAACAACGGAAGAAGUCAGCGAAAAGUUCCCUGCAACCGGAGAGCGUCAUCUCUUCACCUCGUGGUGAGACCUCACCAAGGGGCAUACUUCGUGUUCAAUGCAGUCCUCCUACCCGCACAUAAGUGUCUAUUGUCUUGAGGGAUACAUGUGUACAGAAACGACGUUUCAAGUGAAAUUCCUGAUCUAUUUCUUCAAAAUAUGUUGUUAUGUCCGUGUAAUUACUUUCCGAUUUUCAACAAUAAAUGUAAUAAAACAUCUUGCGGCAAAAAGCAGCA